CACCUAGACAUCUCCUCUGUUACAGGGAAAAGGCUCAGGGUCGUAACGCCCACUACAAGCUGAUGUCGACGGUAAUGCUGUGGCUCCAGAAGAUCAAGGCUGACUCGGGGAGCAUAAUCUCGUAGGAUCCGUCACUCGGCAGGCGGAGAGCGACCACGCCGUCUCAGAUGCCAGCCCCCACAUUGCCGACAUCGGGAGAAUGGUGAAGGACAUGGAGAACAAGAUGAGACAGACGUUGAACGAGAUCUAUUUCAGGAAGAUAAAGGAUGUUCUUAAUCACCUCAGGUCAGCAGGAGACUUGAAACUGGCUAACAAACAGUGGCAGUUAGCAGCUGAACUGAAGUAACUGAUGCACGCGAGCUGAUUCCUCUACACACGUGCAUAAUCCUCUGCCGUGCGCUAGACGUUUAUUCUAGUUUUCAACACAUGACUGAUUAAUUGCACACUCUGCAGUUAUGUUCAAUGUACAGAGUUAGGCAGAACAGAGGCUGCCUGGCCACCUGGUUGAAUUUAGUGAAUUUCAAGCUGAUAACUUAUAGUUGGUGUUUCUUGUACGCAUACAGAUUGUUUGUUGUUGACACUAAUUAUUCAUAAUUAUUGUGUACCGCAUGUUC